AUGCCGACCUAUAAAGUUUCGGUGGCCACCGGCGACAUGAUCUUAGCUGGCAGCUACAGCACCAUUUCCAUCACUCUGGUGGGCGAGCGGGCAGAAAGCGCCAAGCAGCGCCUGGACAAGCUGGGGAAAGAUUUCGUCCCCGGAGCUGUGGACGAAUACGACGUGCCCUGCGAGAAGGACCUGGGACCCAUCGUCCUCAUCCGCCUUCACAAGGAGCCCUACCUCUUCUUCCCCAAGGACAACUGGUUCUGCAGCUACGUCAGCGUGAAGACGCCUGUGGGGGAGACCUACCACUUCCCCUCCUAUCAGUGGCUGGAGGGCUACUGCACCCUGACUCUGCGCGAAGGGACAGCCAAAACAGUCCAAGACGAUGUGGGGAAUCCUGCCAUGUUGGAUCACCGCAUGAAAGAGCUGGCCAAGCGGCAGGAGAGCUAUGGCUGGAAGAAGUACGCUCCGGGCUGGCCAAGAUGCAUCGAUGCUCACACCAUCGACGACCUGCAUUCAAAUUCAAAGUAUACGCUCAGCAAAACGGCUGUCUUUGCCGUGCGCACCCUCAAGUCGGAGAUUGAACUGAGACUGAAGGGCUUCUCUGACCUCGUGGAAUCGUGGGAGAGCCUGGAUGAUCUGCGCAAAAUCUUUUGGUUUCACAAAACUCCCGUCACAGAAUACGUCAUGGAUCAUUGGAUGGACGAUGAUUUCUUUGGGUACCAGUUCCUCAAUGGAGUCAACCCUGUCCUGCUCCGCAAAUGCACCGAGAUCCCUCCAAAUCUCCCCGUGACGGAAGAGAUGGUGGCUGGAAGCUUGGGGAAAUCCACCCUGGAAGAAGAACUGAAGAAGGGGAACCUCUUCAUCGCUGACUACAAGAUCCUAGAGGACAUCCCAACCACCAAACUGAACGGGAAGCACCAGUAUCUCGCAGCCCCAAUUUGCCUGUUGUAUCUCAACUCGGAGCAACAGAUGAUGCCGAUAGCUAUCCAGCUGAGCCAGACCCAUAGCAUGGAAAGCCCCAUCUUCUUGCCCACAGACCGUAAGUGGGACUGGACUUUAGCCAAGGUCUGGGUGCGAAUGGCCAACUUCCACGUCCACGAGGUCAUUACCCACCUCUUGGAAGCCCAUUUUCACUGCGAGGUCUACGCCAUGGCUACCCUUCGGCAGCUUCCCAUGUGUCACCCUAUUUACAAGCUCCUGAUACCCCAUACCCGUUACACUCUCCAUAUUAAUACGCUUGCUCGUACCAAUCUCAUCCAGCCUGGUGGAGUCUUUGAUAAGGCCACAGCUACAGGCCGGGAUGGCAUGUUGAAGCUGCUAGCCAAAGGGGUAGAAGUCUCCAACUACACCUCCCUCUGCCUCCCCGAUGACCUUGAAGAAAGGGGCGUCUCCUCCUUGCCCAACUUCUACUACCGGGAUGAUGGGUUGAAGAUCUGGGCCGCCAUUGGGAAAUUCGUCUCCGGCAUUGUUGAAUUCUACUACAAAUCCGAUGGUGCUGUCAAGAGUGACCCUGAGCUACAAGCCUGGAUUCAUGAGAUCUUCACGGAAGCUUUCUUGAGUAGGGCAUCUUCAGGUGUUCCAUCCACCUUCGAAAGCAAAGCUCAGCUGAUCAAGUUCCUUACCAUGGUCAUCUUCAACUGCUCUGCAAGGCAUUCGGCAGUCAACAGUGGACAGUUUGACUUUGCUGCCUGGAUGCCCAACACGCCGGCCACUUUGAGGCAACCUCCUCCAACAGUCAAGGGCACGGCCUCCUUGAAAAGCAUCUUAGAGGUCUUCCCUGAAGUCAACUCCACCUGUGCCUUGCUGUCACUGCUGUCCAUCGUCAGCUAUGAGCCAGGAGACCUGAGACCUCUGGGCCAUUACCCAGAAGAACAUUUCACUGAGGAGAUGCCCAAAAACCUCAUUUCCGAUUUCCAGAAACGCCUGGCGGUAAUUUCCGAAGAAAUUGAGGAAAGGAACCAAGGUUUGCCCAUUGCCUAUCACUAUCUCAACCCUUCGCUGGUCCAGAACAGUGUCUCCAUCUAAUGGCCAAGCCAGACCGCCAAA